AUGGACUGCUUCUUUGGUUACGCAAAUCGAUCAUUGGUUCGAAAGGAGCCUACUUUUCCAUUCUUUGGUUACUCAAAUCGAUCAUUGGUUCGAAUGGAACCUACUUUUCCACUAUUUCUACUUCCCGAAAAUGCUAUCAUCAGUGUUCUCAAAAACAUGAAUUUAGCAGAAUUGUUCUUCAUCUCCACUGUCUCAACAAAAUCUAAGAAUCUCGUGGCAUCACUGAAAUUAAGAGCCGAGUGUGUUAAUAUCAGAAUUUCUCGAGCAAUUCGUCUGGCUGUGUACGUUGGAAGAGCCCACUUCAAUUUGUUCAUUUACAAUGAUGCAAAUGGUCAAAAUGGUGAAUCACCCGCAGACAUUACUCUCCCAGUUGCUGCUACUUUUUUAGGAUAUCAAGGCUCAACAAUUCAAUUAACAACUCCAUUAUUAAAUUUCCACAAUUGGUUGAAUUACAUUCAGUCUGUAUUCUGUUGCACUCUGCCACCGAAACUUGUUUUUGAUCAAGGCUGUGAGAGAUUUGAUUUUUCAUUGUUGAAAGAUGCAAUUGGAAAUGUCAAUUGGCUUAUUCUGUUUAGCCAAUCCACUGAUAUUCAAGAAAAGAAGAUUUUGAAAUAUUUCAAUGCCCCCAAAAAUUUGUAUAUGCGUAGAAACCCAUUCGAGGAAGCAACCUGUGAAAUUCAAAAAAUCUUUAUUCAAAACUUCAAAACAAUUGGAUUUCAAGACGCUUACACAUUAGAUGAUAUGUUAUUGGUCAAUAGUGAAAAAGUCGAGUUCUUCAUUCCGACAACUCAGAAACAAUUCAACCGAUUUCUCAAGCAUUGGAUCCGUGGAUCUAAUCCGAGACUUCAAGAAAUGUCUCUUCCAAUCGAUGAAACCGAUUUCGUCCACGGAGAAAUCUACUUGAAAGGAAUCAGAUGCAUGGAAAUUAGUGAAGAGACAAAAAGAGAUAUCCUUCAAAAACACAGACUUUUAAAAGGUAUGGUACAAAUUAGACGGCAGGAUGGUACAACUGCAGUGACUGCGACGAAUGAUGCGGGCCGUAGUUUGAAGAUUCAUCUAAUAGUUUUGCACUGA